UGUGUUUAAGGAAGUUUCUAUGGAAGGAAGUAAACUGAAGUGUACUCUCUGGCAACCAAGAAGAGAAAGCGGAGAGUGUUGAGCUAAAAAAAGAAGAUUGUCAGAGCAUCGAAGGUGAGACUGGGCGUUGUAGCCAAAGAUAAUAUUAGGGCUGCCUACGAGUAAAAGUACAGAUUCUACAGUGCUCUCUUAGCGUAUGAUUGUGUAUGAACACCUGGAUAGUUUAGAAACUAUGCCUCUACCAGAUUUUAAAAACAAAUGUGUUUCACUCAUUUUUUGCAAAUUUUGUGAAAAUAUCCUAUGCACAAGAGGAAUGAAAGCCGUGCUCCUGGCUGACAAUGAGGUGGAAUUGUAUUCAACUGACAUCCCCCCUAACAGCACCAUAGACUUUGUGUCCAGCUGUUACUGUACAGAAUCCUGCAGAUGCAAACUAAAGGACAUUGCAUGCCUGAAAUGUGGCAAUAUUGUUGGUUAUCAUGUUGUAGUACCCUGCAAACCAUGCCUUAUGUCCUGCAACAAUGGACAUUUCUGGAUGUUUCACACAAGGGCUGUGUUUGCCAUCAACAGACUUGAUUCAUCGGGUCUAAAACUGCUGCUUUGGCGUGACUUGCCUGAAAUUGAGGAGACAGGCAAUGAAGAGUUAGGCUGGCUCUCCGAAGAGGAGUGCAUCAGAUAAGACUGCUUUUUUUAAUGUUUAGUGAACAUGGAGAACAGUUGCACACAUUUAUGUUAAAUUAGCACAAGGUGUGUGCUGUGGAAUUCUGGAAUUGUGUUUAUGUUUUGGAAGCCCGUUCAAUGAAACUGGGAAUGCAAUCAUCUUCCACAUGUCCAUGUCCAAGUCUUUUCAGCAGCUGUUCUGGACCAUUCAUCACCAAAAUGAAUAUCUUUUUCUUUUCUACAUCCUGGAGAUACUUUCUUCUCUUUACAACGAUUAUACUUGCUGAGAAAAAGCAGGAUUCCAUUAGAUAUCACUGUGGGCCUAUCACUGCAAUAUCGUUCUGCAAUGGUAAAUUCACAAAGAAGUCAUUGUGGAGCUGUGUAAUUCCUACUUAAUGAUUACUGUAAUUACCCAUGUUUAGAAAGUUGGAGCCUGCAGGCAAGAUAUUGAGUUAUAAAAGGCGUGAAUGAACAGGUUUUUUAGCAUUCCAGCUACCCUGUAAAAUGAGACCUGACAAGAGCCAAACUAAAACAGCUUUCACACCAAAAAAUGUUUUCAGUUCUAGCAGUGAAAUGACUUUGUGCCACUCUUUAACGUAGUUGACGGUUCGCAUUGGACAAGCAAUGCUGUUAAUCAAAAGGAAAACAUUUUUAACAUAAAGCCCUCUAAUGUAGCACUUUUGUUUUAAGAAUCCAUUUAUUGUGCUGGCAAAACUGCAGCACCAGUUCUCCUUACAAAUAAAAAUUGUUCAUUUUAAUGAUAAAGCCAAAAAUGUAAAAUAAGAAAGAGCGAAAAUCUUUAACACAGCAGAUAAUAUCAUUCUAAUGCUACUAAGUCAAGCCAGUCCCGCUUGUUUCUUGUGUAUAUACUGUAAGAAUGUCAAAAUCGGCAUCAUGUUUAUAAAAAUAAUUGCUGUUUCAAUAGUUCUUUGGAUAGCUGUAAAGGUUAUCAUUUUACACCUCUGGAUUAUGUGCUUUCUUGCGCACAUAAGACCCGGAUUAGACAAGAAAUUCCUAAAUGAAUGACAGAAACCCAAAACACAACUUCCCUCUGUAAAGCACAUGGAAUUUGUAGUCUCCUUUUUUUUAAUAUAAAUACCGUAAGUAGUUUAUGUAGUACAGUUAUUUUUUUGGCAGGACAGCAACUUUUCUGAAAAGAAGAAUGAAGCACAGUGAGUGGCUAAUCAUCUGAUAGUAUUGGGUUUCAUAAUGUGUGUGUUUGUGUGUGUGUGUGUGUUCAUUGUGCCUUCCUGACUGGUUUUCUAGCUGCCAGUGUCACUUGACCACAGCUGGCCAUAGAGAAGCAUUUUCAGUAUAGGUGGUCAUAUUUCCCAUUUUAGACCCUAAUUAUUACUGGUGAUAUUGUAGCGUUAAAUAAAGCAUAAAAUGUUAUCAUGCUUUUUUUUGUUUCCAAAAACAGCCUAAACACACCGAGGUUUACUUUAUAAUGUUAUUGCAAGCAGAUGCCAUGUUGUCUUAAAAUGAGAGCAUCGACAAUAUUGGGUAUGUUUAUGUAAACAAGUGUGUUUGCCGCUUGUAAUUUGAAAGUUACUUUGGUCAAAAGAGUUGUGUGGGUUGAAGAGAUUGAAUGAUGUUAUUCCACUCCAUUAUAUAUUUUCAUCUGUCCCUUGAGCUGUGCAAAUGUAAGCACUGCUUUUCACCAGGCUGACUGCUUAUCUCACAUUAUGGAGAUCGCUUGUCAUCUCCCUACCUGCCCAGAUCUGCUUGAUGCUCAGCAGGCUCUUUAAGCAUGUCAUUCAAAGGCAGUACUGCUUUGACAGCUCUUAAUGAUGCCUGGCUUUGCUGCCCCUAUGCUGUCACCUCACAGUGAUAAUGAGCCCCCUAACACAACAGCUCGGGUGAGAAACACUCCGGCAGAAUCUUGCUAAAGAACUGUAUGUGUAAUAAAUAUGUUUAUAUCUUUUUGGUAGAAUUGUAGUAGGAGAAUGUGCAUGAAAAUCUAAUGAAGAAGUACAUCCUCAACAAGUUCCAUCAGAUUUUGUCUCAAGCCUGUUUUAAUUUUACAUCAUGAAGCAGUUUAUAUUCUAUUUAAAAUAAUAAUGGAUUCCUUCACACGGUUCACUGUAGUCAGUCAUGCAAUUUAAAUUUUUUUAUUUUAUUCUCUGCUUUUCCAGCAUUGUCAAAUUGAGGCCAGGAGUAAACAUUAAAAGGGUGUGAAAUUGUAUCCAAACGUGGCCUCGUGGAGUGAGUUUUACCAUUAUCAGUAAUAUAUUCUAUUUCCUAAAGUAUUUACUCCCCAUACAGGUCAUAUAGGGCAGCUCUCCCCACAAGUCUACUUUUUGAGUCCUGGGGCCUCAUGUAUAACGCCGUGCGUAGAACUCACACUAUAACAUGGCAUAAGCACAAAAGCGGGAAUGUGCGUACGCACAGAAAAAUCCAGAUGCAGGAAUCUGUGCGCACGCAAACUUUCACGUUCUUCCACUACAUAAAUCCCGAUCAGCGUGAAAAGUAACGCACGUGCACGCGCCUUCUGUCCCACCCCAACUCCUCCCAGAAUUAUGCCUCUUUGAAUAUGCAAAUCAAUAUAAAUAGCCUUCUGUGAAAAGACAAUGGGAAAAGCACGGGGGAAAAUAUAAGAAUUUCAGCGAAUACCAAGUGAAGGCAAAGGAAAAACGUACUCUUUGUUGGUUUAAACAGUGGUAUAAUCAACAAAAGAAAGUUGAUCGAGUGACAUAGUGUCGGAGAAACUCGAAAGCUCAAGUUCACAAAGUCGCACAGUGCCCGAAAUAAAAAAGAAGUUGUCAGAUAUCAAAGUCAACGUGAAAAGGCAACUCGUAGCGGACCGUCUGAGUGUCAUAUGAAAGCUUAUUAGGGUACAGAGAAAAAAAAUAGGCACACAGUGGGGAAAAAAGCACGAAAUGUCAACUUUAAUCUCGAAAUUUCCACUUUAAUCACGUAGUUUAUUUUGUCAUUAAAGUAGAACAUCAUAAACUUCAUCUUAAAAUCAUUUAUUUUACUAGUUUCUCAAGUAGCACGUUAAAUGCUUUGUUCUGUAUUUGAUCUUCUAUGUGCUCUAUGUGUGUGAAUCACUAUGUGCAUCCGUUCUUUCUCUUUCUCUGACAGGACACAGAAUCCAUUGCAUUUGUGAUAUUACAGCUCUCUGAAUGAUUAAAAUACUGAGAUGUAUACGUGAUAUCUUUUUCAUGAUGAUAGGAAUGAAAGCAUGUUAUUAAACUUGGGAACACGGUGGCGCAGUGAUUGUUCAUGUCUCAUGCAAGAGGCGUGCUGCGCCAUGUGCGACCUUCGAUUAAAUAAUUUAUUACAGAAGUACUGUCUCUUUCAAACGUACUAACCUCCAAUUCCUGUCCUUACUUUUUCUUUCUCCAAAUACCCAAUCGCCACACAAUCAGCUCUGUAAUAGACGUGAAGCCAACUGUAAGCUUAGAACGCAGAUUCUUCAAAACUUUUAAGGAACAUUGAAAUAUCUUCGUAGUACAUGUUUAAUUAUUCUAUCCGUCUAUCCUUCCAGUGUCGCGUCAGCACCAGCAAUAAUACAGCGCAAGGCAGGAGCUAUCCAUGAACUAGCUAGCGCUGCGGCACCUUGUCCUCACAUGUUUAAUUAUUAAAAAUACGGAUUAUUUAAAUUAAGUUAGUUUUAUCUGUAUGCUAUAAGUAACAUAUUUUGCUGCAUUUCAUCUUAAAAAUGAUAUCGUCAUCAUAUGCACUUCAUAAAGUGGCGCAGGUUGUGCAAUAUUAUAACUGUAGUGUAAGUUUACAGUGAGGUGAUUUUACUUAUAAGUACAAACAGUUCUACAAGGAGCACUUGAUGGACUGAUUGAGUGCGUUUAUAGUUCUUGGGAUGAAACUGUUUCUGAAACGCGAGGUCCGUACAGGAAAGGCUUUGACGCGUUUUGCCAUGGCUGAGGUAGAGUGUGCUUGAAACUGUAUACCAAUAAUUCUCUUUCCGAUCAGCUACUGCUGUGAUUCCCCACUCAGAUACAGUGAUAUAAAUUCUCCGAGUGGUGCAGUGAGAGUAAUAUGGAAAAAGAUGAUCUGCUGUGGCAACCCUUAACGGGAGCAGCUGAAAGAAGAAGAUGCAGUGAGCAUAACAACGCUAAAGCAGUUAUGGUAUUUGGAAUACUAUGGCUAUUCCCUGGACCAUUAUAUUGCUGCAGGUUAAUUACAAUCAGAUGCAUUACACUAAUAAACAAUAUGCAGUUAAUUUCAGUGUAUUUAUAAAGCCGCGUCAGGAAUGUGGGCCUAAGAAAGAAAGGGUGACCACACAGGAACAGUAGCACUGCUUUGACGCUGGGUGCCGCCAGUCUGCAAAACCGAGCGUACGCCAGGGUAUGAGGUACCGUGGAAAUGUGCGUGGCUUUACGCCAAGUUUAGGUUUUAUACAUCACGAUUUGAGCUUGGAAACGUUCGUAUGCAACAUUUCUGUGCGUAUGCACCAUUUAUACAUGAGGCCCCUGGUCUGGUUACUCUGUACUCCUUUAUGUGUCCAUGCUAUCUUUUCUCCAGGUUACUCCAGGUUUUUCUUCACACAUCUGAAAGACAUGUUUGCCAGGUUAAUUGGUAACUCUGUAUUGGCCCAGUGUGAGAUAGUGUGCCCCACAAUUGAUUACCACCUUUUCCGAGGUUGGUCCCUACAUUACACCCAAUGCUGCCAGGCUCCUUGCGGCUUUGAAUUGAACUGUGCAGGUUCAGGAAGUGGGUGGGUGAAUGUUGACGUAAUGUGAUGUUUUUUUCAUUCAGAUAUUGUUGAAGUAUUAUUUACUGUAUCUGCUUAAGAUUGAUUGAUUGACUGACUUUCAAGAUAAAAUGUCAUCUGAACAUUUAUACUGUUAUACAAGUACAUUGGUGCAGUGGAACAGAAAAGAGGUUUGAACUGCAUUUUUGGCUCAAACUGAUGCUGUUAUCUACUGGAACCUAACUGAAGAAGAGGUAGAACAAUCCCCCCAAAAAAAAAAAAAAAAACAAGUUAGGACAUGUAUAAGUGAUGUCACUUUCACUCCUCUUAAGAAGACUUAAGCCGCUUUACACAACAUCUAGUUGGAGGCUUUCCAGUGUGACACACACAGGGGAUUGCAGUUGGAGAUCUCGUCUCUUAAGUAUAUCUUUUUAUGUGACUAGAAGUUGCUGGGGGGGGCGGGGGUCAAAUGACACUGUUGGUGCUAUACCAAGGCUUUACAAUUAUGGUUAGUUCAACCAUAAUCUUGGGCGAUUUUUCCAUUCUAUCAUGGUAUGUAAAAUAUGAGACAUCAGACAGAGAAGCCUCUCUUCUGUGUGCAAGGUCCAAAACACCUGCGUUCCUUAUUCCUUGUUGCUGCAUUAUAUGCAUUGUACUUCCGUGUGAACACUUGUCCACACCGCGCCCAUCCCUACAACUUAAGAUUAAAUCAAACCUGUUUGAUCUUUACCUGGGUGAGUCGCAGAUUGUUUGGACUGAAUCGCUGGCUAUGUCAUACUACACAACUGGCUGUCAUGGGAACACGCCACGACUGCCCUCCCCUCCUUAAGAUUAUGUGUCUGAGAAUGCCUGGAAAAGUUGUGUAAUGUGACAUGGCCUUUAGUUAAAUGAACAUAACGGCUUUCAAGCUUGGAGAUUUUAAUCAUUUUCUUGAUCUAAGAGGUAUAAACGCAUAUCAUUAAAUCACCUCUCCUAAGAUACAUUUGAAACAGUACAUUAUUCUGUAAUUGAGGUCUCACAGAAUAGUUCUCAGUUUUAAGACAAUUUUGAAAAUUUACCAAUCCUUUUUGAAUUAUAAAAAUGUGUACAGCACACUCUAUCUGAUAUAUCUCAGCAGAAUUUGAACAUUUAUGGAAUAGUUCUUUGAAGAAUAAAUAUACUGAGAGACAAACGGACUCUGUAUAUAUGGAGACAAAUAAACAUGACAACAACAGUUGCUUUUGCAUUUAACGUGAACCUAAUGAGAGCAUAUUAACAGUUCAGAUCAAGACCGCCAAAGCUACCGAGCAGCGUAAUGUUGACUGACAUCUUUACUGAAGUUAAGAUAGGUGAGAUUGUCAGAAUUAACAUUUUAGUUUAUGAAUAAAAAAUAUUGUCUUUAUCCACCUGUCCAAAGACGUUUGUGGUUUGAAAUUUAUAAAAAAUUCCUGUGCUUGAAUCUGAGCUCUGUCUUUAUGCAGUGAUUCAUAUGAAGUGCUUUUCCAAUUAAUUUCUAAAGGAAAAAGUGUAAUUAAAAGUUGUAAACGUAUUAAUCUAUAUAUUGAACUUGGAGGAAUAGUUCUAAAUAAUUCAACUUAUUGUCUUUGUGAGCUUUUUAUCUUGCUUUUCCAUUUCAGAUGACAUGUACUAUUUAUUAAAUAUUAUUUCUGUAUUUGUUUACUUUUUGAACUGACGAUUUUUAGGUUUAUUCCUAAAUGAUUUUGUUCUUUAGAAAAUGUGAGAUUUUUUUCCUCAAAUAUUUUUGUCUUGAAAGCUUUUAGAGUGCAUUAACUGGUAGGCAUUUUUUACGAAAAUGUAUUUUUUUAUGUAUACAGUAUUAGAGCUUUAUUUUUGUAUAUUUAUUGGAAAAGAAUUAGAUACUUUUUUAUUGCAAUCCCUGUAAAAGGCAAACAGUGUGGAGUUCUGUCUUGAUAUUCUGUAAAUAGCAUUUUAAAAUAAUGACACUUUUGUAACAUAUGGGUAUCAUAAAGGAUAAUUUAUUGACCAUUUUCAAAUCUCUAACUAAAAUGUAUUUGUAAAAAUAAUACAAAUCACCCACCAUAUCGUUUUAUGAACAUACAGCAUUUUGUUUAAUGAUUUCACAGAUAUUUUAUGAAAAAACAUUGUUAAAAAACUGAUAUCCAGGUGCCAAUUGUUAUAUGUCUAAAUAAAAACAUCAAGUGUGUGUAGUACAUAAUAAACAUGCUGCAGUUGCUUUAUCACCUGUCUCGUUUUCCAUUUGUAGCACAAAAUGAGAUUAUUAAGAAUAAAAUUUGCUAUGUUUUGAUCACAAA